AUUCUUUUCUUCUUUGUCCUGACUCCUGACUUUCGCGCCUAGUCUGAUAGAAUAGCGUCUUCUUCCCGGCGGCGCCCUCUGGUUCUGACUCUUCUGCAUUUGCCCAUCUCUCUCUCUCUCUGUAUAUAUAUGUAUGUAUUGAAAGCUUGAUGAAUACUGUAGAUAAGAUUCCACCAUCUUCAGUUUUCAGAGCAAUGGAUAAUACUGCAAUCGGCAUGGUGACAGCUUUUUCUUCAUCUUCUCCCCCAUUCUUCUCUAAACACUGGAACCCUAUCCAUUCCAGUCCAUCUAUCGUCAAAUCCAGAUCUGCAAUCCGCUUUCAAAACCCAAUUCCUAGAAAUGAAUUUGCAUCGUCUUCACCAUGUUCUUCUUUGUGUUUCGCUAUCAAAAAAUCCACCUUUACCGUCGACUUUCCAACAUCAACGCUCCGACGACUAAUCUCAGAAUUCGAAUCUCUUUCCGAACCGAUAGAUCGAGUGAAGCGACUAUUACAUUACGCUAACCUUCUUCAACCUUCUGACGAUUCAUUGAAAACUGAAUCGAAUAGAGUAAAUGGUUGUACUGCUAGGGUUUGGGUAGAUGUGAAGUUGGAUGAAGAUGGAAAGAUGAUGUUUUGUGCUGAUAGUGAUUCAGAGAUUGCAAAAGGGUUUUGUUCGUGUUUGAUUUCAGUUCUGGAUGGGAUGACACCGGAGGAGGUUAUGAGAAUUGAACUUGAAGAUUUGAGAGGUUUGAAUAUUGUUGGUUUACAUGGAAAUAGUAGUUCUAGGGUUAAUACUUGGCAUAAUGUUUUGGUUACAAUGAAAAAGAAAACUAGAUCAAUCAUUGAAAUAAAAAAUGGGUUUUCUUCUUCUUCUUUGUCUGUAUCUGUAUUACCAUAGAUUGUUCAAACUUCAAAGA